AUGCAGCGGGAUGACUCGCUGCCCGAGAUCUACGGUGGCGACCCAGGGAGGGGCCGGGGCCUCGCCGACCUCAAAGGCUGGGAUCCCCUGGACCGUCGCAUUGAAGUCGAGAAGAAGGAGAAGUAUGGCCAAGCUCUUCGUGAUCAGAUGGCCAUGAACAGCGCCCGUGGCACCGGCGAGGCCACGUCGACAUCGCCUUUGCCGCCCAGUCGCGGGAGCUCCUCGACAAGGGCCGCGGGCGAGGUGAUCGCCUCACCUCAUGCCUCACCUCAUUCGUCCGGGUUGCCUCUCGGAGCAAUGCACGGAACCGAUGGCGUGGCAGCCGCCAAGGUGGCCCAAGUGCAGGAGAUGAUGCGCCAGCGCCUUCAGGCAGUGCAGGAUGAGCAGCACCGGCAGUGGCAAGAGGUCCAGCACGCCCUGAACAACCAGCUACAUGCCGCUCGAGAAGCUGCGGAACAGGCUGUGCAGCGGGAGUGCGCGGAGGCUAUGCGUGGCCAGGCCAUGGAGAUCGACUCGCUGCGACGGGGACUGGAUGAGGUCCUCUCUGCGCAGCGCGCGCGGGAGGAGCUCUCGGGCCACCGGGCGGAGGCCAUGGCUGAAGAGCUGGCUGGGGCGCGGCAGGCCCUCCAUCGGCUGGAGGCCGAGUCGGAGGGAUGUCGUGGCCAGCUUCAAAGCCUAGGGGGCGCAGUGCAGGAGCUGUCGAGGGCAAGGCAGGACCAGGCAGCUCAGCAGGAGGCGGUUUCGCGGGAGCUUGCAGACGCCAGAGCCUCCAUGCAGCGGUUGCAGGCCCAGUCCGAGGACUUCCAGUCCCGGCUCCAGAGCCAGAUGCAGGAGAUGGAGCGACUAAGGGCUGAGAAGUCCGAGUGCGCGCGGGCCCAUGAGGCCUGCGCCCGGGACAGAGCCCUGCUGUUUCAGAGGCUCCAGGAGGUUGAGUCGGGCCUCAGCGAGGCGCGAAGCCAGCUCCGAGAACACAGCGCCGAGAUCGAGCGGCUGAAGGUUGCACACCAGGAGUGCGCCGCAGCACGCGCGGACCUGGCGCGGCAGCUUCGCUCCUGUGAGGACUCGCUGCAGCACGUGCGCGAGGAGCAGCGGCGACUCUUCUCGGAGGCCCAGGAGGCUGUGGCCAAGUUGCGGGCUGACGUUCCGCGGCUCGCCGAGGUGGCAGCGCAUCGGGUCCUCGAUGGGGUGCAGAGGGCGGCUCCACCAUCACCCCCUCCACCGAGUCCACCACCGGCCCCAGAGCCGAUGGCAGACGUGAGCGAAAACGCCUUUGCAGUUCUCCGUGGGCCUGAUGGUGACCUCUACGAGCUCCCAGGCCUGGACAACGUGAUCGGCCGUAGUACAGCAUGCGACACCUGCAUCCCCGGGUCCCAGGCCAUCUCAAACAAGCACCUGGGCAUCAGCUUUUCGUCUGAUGGGACGGCCAGUAUCAAAGACCUGGGCUCACGCAACGGGACGUUUCUCAACGACCACCGGGUGACUGCGACAGCGCUGGUGAUGAAGAGCGGUGACAAGGUCCAGCUAGGCGUGGAUGGCCCGAGCUUCGUAUUUACCUGGGGUCCUGCGUACUACGCGCGCUGGCCCCGUGAGCUGCAACGGGCCAGUGGCGGUGCGAGAGGUCGGAGCUCCUCGCGGGUCGGCCGGUGA